AUGUGGGGGAAGGCGGAGGCGAUUGAAAAGUCGUUCCUGUUGAAUUCGUCGCCGGAGGCUGAAUUCAUGGCCUAUACGGUGUGCGCGUUGGCUGGAGAUGGCAAUUGCGCCGCCACGAUUCAGGGCGUCACCCUGAACCUGGUCGCCACGACGAAGACGGUGAACGGGCAACAAGUGAUCGAUGAGUGCUACCCGACCGUCGGAGCUGCCACGAAAACUACGCCAGCACCGCCGAAAAGUGCCGCCCCUACCGAUGCCGAACUUCAGGCUGUAGUAACCGCCAUGCGCAACGCCGAUGUGGAUCGCUUCCAGUAUUCUGAUUACACCCUAAACUGGGGCAAGAAAGAGGUCGGAAACCAAGACGUCAGCUCGGCACCACUGUUCACCUGGGUCAACGAGACGCUCUUCGAAAGGACGGUUUACAAGAAAUUGAUCGCUAUCUACGACCAGACGCUUUUCCACGCUGACACCUGUAUCCCUGAAUCGAAUUCCUCCCUUCGCACUGCCAUUCUGAAGGACUGGCUCGACAUGACGGCCAAUACGACUGUGUUCCAGUUGGCUGCGAAUUACUUGCAAAAAGCCGGAAAGUGCAAGGACAUUGACGACUUGAAGACCCGACUUUACACCCUCUGGUUCGGCACCUACAGCCGGUGCGACAACGGCAUUCUCGGGUCUUCAGGGUGGGAACACGUGUUUUCCGGUGAAUGGAAGGGCACGGUGGUUGAUGGGCAUCAUAAUUGGAUCAACUACUACCGUCAGGAGAAGGCGGGGGGGAUCAACUAUCACGGGCAUUACAGCAACUGUGGGAAUUUCACCGGAACCUUCCAAUAUCAAUGGCAAAAGGCAUUCAAGAAGACGGGCGGCUUUCUGAUUGGGACUUCGCCAUCAUUCGACUUCUCGCUGCUCUCCAUUUGCGUACUCACCCACCCUAAUGGCAAUAACUGCAAAUUUAACAUUGACGGGUUCCCCGUGGGCGCCGUGACGUACACGCAGAAGUGCAGUGUCGGAACGUGUAUUGGUACAGCGUAUCCCGUCGAUUUUUGCUCAGGA